UAUGCUCAUAUUGAUUUUGGUGAAGUUUAAAAGAAUAUGGCUGUGAUCAUAAAGCGUAUAUUAUAUAUAUUAAUAAUAAACAGUAUAUUAUUUCAGCUAUCUGAUCAAACGCAGCCUGUGAAACAGUACAUAAUAACAGGCGUAUCCCCCAGUAUACAAGGGAUAACAAAAUCUCCAGCUAUUAACUUGGGAAAUCAAAAUGCUGUCACAGCACCCAACGUUGCAUCGCUGUCUGCCUUACUCAACCUUCUUACAGGCUCAUCAACAUUAGAAACCACAUCUCCGACGUUGACAAAACCUCAAAAUGCAAUAUCUACUACUCCCAACAUGAUAUCGCUUUCAGCUCUGGCUAAUCUUCUCUCAACAGGGACACCAACAUUAGAAUAUUCGUAUCCAAUAUUGGGAACGUUGAAAGAUACACAGCCCGAACCAAAAGCAUCUAAUAGCGUCGAUAUGGAACUACUAAACAAUAUGGCAAUUGCGCUGCAAUUAAUGAUAUUAAAUAACAUAUUGAAUUCCCCACCCGAAGAACCUGCAGGUCCAGAACCUGUCGUUGUACCGGGAAUUCCGAUGUACGAGACAAGAGAACCGGUGACACCUAUAUCCAUCUCUUACGCUCCAAUUAAAAACACAUACGUCCCUCCCCCUCCCACUACAACGCCAGCACCACCAGUCCAGAAUCAACCUUACCACCAACAAAACACGUUCGAAAAUCAUCAAACGUUUUCAAUGCCAAACUCGAACUUUGUAGGUUCAUCAGGAUUUGCAGAUGUUAAUCCUAUAAUGACUUCUAUAAAGCCUGGUGGUGGAUUGGGUUCAUUGAAUGGUAGAACAGGUUUAACACUAAUGUCCCCAUAUGAAGCGUUAUCACCAAAUCCAUUCUCGGACCCUUUCUCGCCAACAUAUUCUUCGAUAUCAUCCAAGAAAGAUUUUCAAUCCCCAUACACGUCUAUUUUACAAUCGGAUAAUGGCAUGGAUUUGUUCUCUAUAUAAAUUAUUUAUUAUAUACUAAUUUAUAAUAAACCCAAUGAAUAAAAUUAUGU